UCGACGUUUUCCAGUACUACUUUGCAAGAAAAUGGAAAUGUGCUGAUAUUUGUGAUUUACAUCCUCUUUUUGUCGUCCAAAAGUGCCGUACGAUAAUGUUUUGACCCCGUUGCCGCACCACCAGGCCCCUGCGAACGCAACGCUCCACCGCAGAUCCGAGAAAAGUGUAAAAACCUCGCGAGUUCGGACCUCAAGCCAAUCAUUUUUUUUAACCAGUGUAUGGUUGCGGCCGUGUGUUGUGCGUGUGCAUGUGUGCUUAGUUGAAAUCGCGAAAACGAGAAUAGAAAGAUGUGCGCCCUCGCUGGUGGUGGUGAGCAGCAGCUAUAAGCUAUAGCCGCUGGUAUACGUGAAAUUAACACACGCGAAUCGAGACGAGCGAGUAAAGUCCCGGAACCCCGAAAAUCGUCAGUUUUUUUGUCCAGCUUCAGUCACCGCAUCUCAGGAAUUUCGUCCCACUGCAGUCCCAAAAAGCCAACAAAAUGCAAUCCUCACCGCUGCACUAUUCGACGAUGCGGCCCCAGGCGCCCGGAUCGCUGGUCGAUCCCAAUGAGGAGGAGCUGCGCCUGGCGCCAUGGUACUGGGGCCGCAUCUCCCGGGAGACGGCAAAGACCAUACUCCACGGCAAGCCGGAUGGGAGCUUCCUGGUUCGCGAUGCUCUGUCCAAGAAGGGCGAAUACACGCUAACCCUGAUGAAGGACGGUAUCGAGAAGUUAAUCAAAAUCUGUCACAUGGAUCGAAAGUACGGUUUCAUCGAGACAAAGCUCUUCUCAUCGGUGGUGGAGAUGAUAAACUACUACAAGGAGAACUCACUGAGCAUGUACAACAAGUCGCUGGACAUCACGCUGAGCAAUCCGAUAGUGCGGAUCUGUGACGACGAGGAGUCGCAACCGCACGGCGAUCUCAGUCUGCUGAGUAACGACUUCAUUCGCACCUGCCAGCACCUGCAGUUGGCCGAGCAGAAUCUCGAACAGAAGCGAAACUCCUUUAAUGCCAUUCGGGAGGAGCUGCAGGAGAAGAAGCUGCAUCAGUGUGUAUUCGGGAAUGCGGAGAAGAUAUUCCGUAAUCAGAUCAAGCUUAACGAAUCCUAUAUGAAAACGCCAGUGGAUACCAAAGCACCGGAGACGCCAGAGGGAGUCGGCAGCGAGGGAGCUGGUGGUGUCUCGGCCUCGACCUGCAGCAAUAAUGUUAACACUCGACUCAGUCUGAUUGAGAACAGGAAUCGCCUGCUGAGUCUGCUCGAGGUGCUUCAGGCCAAGAUACAGGACCUCAAUCAUUACAUGGAGACGAUGAAGAAGGAGGAACUGCUGUUGGAGCGUCAGAUCAAUGCCAGUAAGCCGGAGUUGCAGAUGCUGCAGUUGCGCAAGGACAAGUACAUUGAGCGCCUGAAAGGUUUUAACCUCAAGGACGACGACCUGAAGACGAUCCUUGAAAUGGGCUACGACAAAUGGUUGCAGCAUUACGAAACGGCCUCGAAUCAGCCGCACAGCAACGAAUCCCUCUGGCUCCUGAGCGACGCCAAGCGCCGGGACGCGGAGGAAUAUCUGCGCAACGCACCCCCGGGCACCUUCCUGAUCCGCGUGAGAGAUCUCGGUCACUUUGCUCUCUCGAUCUCCUGCGGGGACAGCGUUCAUCACUGCAUUAUUUAUGAGACGGAAAGCGGAUUUGGCUUCGCUGCACCCUACAACAUAUAUCCCUCGCUGAAGAAGCUGGUGGAGCACUACGCCAACAAUUCCCUAGAGGAGCACAAUGACACGCUGGCCACCACGCUGCGUUGGCCUUUUCUUUACUGGAAGCAAAAUUCGGAGCAGAUAUUGGCGCAGCUGCAGGAGGAACGGGAUUUGGAAUGGUCCGAACGGGCGGUGACGCUAUUGACACCGCCAAUGGUGGGCAGCAGUGCACCAAUUCCGACGAGUAGGUCCGAUCAUCACGACCAAGUGGAUGGUAUUGGAAUGGGAAUUGGAACGGUUAUCGGGAGCCAGGACACGGAUACGACGCCACCGGCCUCCAUUUCGCCAUCGAACUUCAGUACUUCGCAGUAGGAGCAACAAUUGGAGCCGUCAACCUCAGGCCAGCUAUCGUAUCUCUCUAAGUCCCGCUCGCUCUA